AAAACUCCAAAACAGAUAAUUUAGAAUUCACCAAUUUGUUUAGGGUGAAGCACCAAUAAAUCUCAAAAUGUGAUCUUGUGUCCUUACUUUUUUCUUAUGAACCCAAAGGUCCCAUUAAAGUGGAAAUUAUACAAAAAGGUAGUCACUUAUAUGUUUGGAUUUAAUUUUUUAUAGAUAAAAGUGAGUUUCUCCAAAUGUAAAAUUAUACAUUUGGACAAUAUGCACUAUAGAGGCUUUGGAUUUUCCUUCCUUCUUGAACAAAUCUCACAUUAUGAACAAAAAUGUAACACUCCAAUAACGUAAUACUCUAAUGUAACACACUAAAAAACUCUUUGGUAUGCUUUUCUCAAACGUAAGACUCCAAUCAAUGUAAUCCCAAACAUAACACUCCAAUGUAACACACAAAACUGUUAAGAUUUAAGCUUUAAGUUUUUAUUUUAAUAAAUAUUGUUAUCUAUAGCUAGGAGAUAGAUUGCUAUUACCUAGUCUAUUGGAGAAUCCCUAGUUUGUAGUAGUCAUGGUUGGUGUGUAUAACCAAUUCAUGUAAUCAAGGGUUUAGUUCCACAAAAUCUGCUAAGUGACAUUGUAGUUGUUUGCAAAUGUAGCUUUGCUGCUCUUAUUUAAGUUGUAUUCCUUCAUUCAAUUCAAUUCAAUUCAAUUCAAUAAAAUUAGCUUGAAGCUUUCAGCCAUAUUGUUAUUGUUUUAACACUUUAGCAAUUAUUCAUAGAAUCAGUUUUUUCCAACAUCUGGUAUCAGAGCCACCACUAGCCUGAUAAAAUAAAAAAUAAAAUAAAAAAUCCCAAACAAGCAGCAGCUUUUGAAUUUUGCAGCAGCAAGCAUUCAUGGCGACUGACAAAUUAGUAGAGAAUUUUGUCCAGCCAGCCAUACCUCACUUUGAUGGUCACUAUGAUCAUUGGAGCAUGUUGAUGGAAAAUUUCCCAAGGUCCAAAGAGUAUUGGGAUCUUGUGGAAACGGGUUUUGUUGAGCCAGAAGGAGCAGUACUGACACCGCCAUAACAAAAGAAACUUGAUGAUCGUGCAAUUUUGUAGACCAUUCUCCAAAAGGAUACAUCCAAAAACAUUUGGGACUCCAUGAAGAAAAAGUACCAAGGCUCAACAAGAGUGAAGCGAGCACACCUUCAAGCCAUAAGAAGAGAUUUUGAGACUCUUCAAAUGAAAAAUGGAGAAUCAGUUACUGAUUAUUUUGGAAGAGUUGUGGGGAUAGCAAACAAAAUGCGAAUCCAUGAUGAUAAGAUUAAAGAUGGUGCUGUUGUUGAGAAGAUCCUAAGAUCUAUGGCUCCAAAAUUCAGUUAUAUUGUGUGCUCUAUUGAAGAGUCUAAUGACAUUGAUGAAAUGCCAAUUGAUGAGCUGCAAAGCUCCUUACUAGUCCAUGAACAAAGGUUGAAUCGAUGCACCUCAGAAGAGCAAGCUUUGAAAGCUUCUACCUUUGUUGAAUCCACAAGCUCAAGAGAAAGAGGACGAGGUAGAGGUAGAGGUAGAGGACAUGGAAGAAGUGCUCGAGGCAACCGAGAUGGAAGCAGACAACACGAGUAUUUCAAAAGAGAUGAUGAUCACUCCCAGUUUCAGAAUAAAAGAAGAGGACAGGUGGACAAGUCCAAGAUUGAGUGCUAUAGGCGUGGAAAUCAUGGGCAUUACAGCAAUAAGUGCUACACAAAGAUGCCAAAAGACAAAGAAAAAUGAGAGAAGACGAACUUUGUUGAGAAAAGGGAAGAAGAAACACUUUUGAUGGCCUUUCAUGCCAAGGACGAUCCUAAGCUUGAUGUAUGGUAUGUCGACACAGGUUGCAGCAAUCACAUGAGUGCUAGUGAGUCUUCUUUCUCAUCUUUAAAUGAAGACUUUCAGACUACUAUAAGUUUUGGUGAUUGUUCUACUGUAAAUGUGAUGGGAAAGGGAGAGAUUCAUAUUAGAACUAAGAAUGAUUUUGUUGAAACAAUUUCGAAUGUUUUUUAUGUUCCUAAUCUAAAAACUAAUCUGUUGAGUGCUGGCCAAUUGCAAGAUAAGGGUUAUAUUAUAACAAUUCAGAAAGGUGCAUGUGAGAUAUAUGAUCUAGCAAGGGGUGCUAUUGUUGUUGUUCAGAUGACAUGAGACCAAACAGGUUGUUUCCGCUGAAAAUCAAGACUAUUCAAGCUUGCUUGUUGGCUAAGGAGAAUGAUCCAUCAUGGCUUUGGCAUUUUCGCUAUGGCCAUUUGAACUUUAAUGGGCUGAAAACACUUCAUCAGAAGCAGAUGGUGACAGGCCUCCCUAUGAUCACUCCUCCAUCCAAAGUUUGUGAAGAGUGUGUUGUUGGCAAGCAACAUCGUGUUCAUUCCAAAAGGGAAGGCAAGGAGAGCUACAAAAAUGCUGGAGCUGGUCCAUUCCAAUAUUUGUGGACCCAUAAAUCCGACGUCUAAUGGUAAUAAGAGGUAUUUUAUUACAUUCAUUGAUGAUUAUAGUCGGAAAACAUAGGUAUAUUUUUUGCAGCAAUAAUCUGAAGCUUUUUCAGCAUUUAAAAGUUACAAGGCCCUGGUUGAGAAAGAAGUUGGGAGAGUUAUUCAAACUCUUCGAACCGAUCGUGGUGGAGAAUACAACUCACGAGAAUUUCCAAAUCUAUGAAAGGAACAUGGAAUUAGAAGGCCGCUGACUGCAGCCUAUACACCACAGCAAAAUGGUGUGUCCGAGAGGAAAAAUCGUACAAUCUUAAACAUGGUGCGAAGUAUGUUGGCAGGGAGAAGCGUUCCAAGGAGUUUUUGGUCUGAAGCAGUCAAUUGGGGCGUUCACUUAUUGAAUAGAAGUCCCACACUAGCUGUCCGAAACAUGACACCUGAAGAAGCAUGGGCUGGGCGUAGACCAUUCGUUGAUCAUUUCAGAAUUUUCGGAUGUAUAGCAUAUGCUCACAUUCCCAAUGAAAAAAGGAAGAAGCUCGAUGACAAAGGCGAAAAAUGUAUUUUUCUUGGUGUUAGUGAACAUUCAAAGGCCUACAAGUUAUAUAAUCCCAUCACCAAGAAGAUUGUUAUCAGCCGGGAUGUGGUUUUUGUUGAAGAAAAGAUGUGGGAUUGGACUGGAAAAGGCAAGGAACUAAAGCAAAUUCCAGUUGAUUUUGAUGAUGCCGAGAAUAGGAUUGAAACGCAGUAGCAGUCCUUUGAUGAACACUUGCCCAGUUCUUCAGCGACUACACCAACAAAUGAGCAGCCGCCUCCAACAAAUGAACAGCCACCUGAGAAUCAACGUCCAAGGAAAAGACCAGCUUGGAUGAUUGACUAUGUAAGUGGGGAUGAACUCUCAGAUGAUGAUAUUACUGCUCACUUUGCAUUGUUUGCAGAUUUUGAUC